UUGUAUCGCUCCUCGUACUCUCUUGCUAGCUCUGUUCGUCGUCGUCGUCGCGUAUCCGCCUCAAUUGAUUAAUAUAAUUUUUGGUCUUCGCAAAAGCCGCGGUGUGAAAAGUGGUUCCAGAUUCCGGAUUGUGCAUGCUAGUGAGUGUGUUGGGUGUGUGCCACCAGCUGCCGGGGACGAAGCGUGCGGAUUGUAUUCGUCGGUUGUUGUUCCGACUGGUUCCAUUCCGCCCCGAACUCGAAUGAUGGCGUAACGGGGAAUCUGCGCUGGAUGCUGCUGCUGCUGCUGGUUUGAUAUCUUCGGAUUAUUCUGUCACCUCUACUGGCCAGGGAGCGGGUUUCACAUUUACUGGAGCAUCUUUUAUUUUCGGAGGGUGAGGGCAUAUUCUGACUUUUAUUGGACUCGUUAAAGUGUAAGUGGUAAGAACGAGUUCAGGAUGUCCACCUUCGACGUGUACGAUCGGGCAGCCUGGUACUUUGGGUCGAUGAACCGCCAGGACGCGACAGAUUUGCUGAUGAACGAGCGCGAAAGUGGGGUGUUUCUGGUCCGGGACAGCACGACCAUCGUCGGCGAUUACGUGCUGUGUGUGCGCGAGGACUCGAAAGUUAGCCAUUACAUUAUCAACAAACUUCCGUCGGACGACGGGUGUUUCGUGUUCCGGAUCGGGGACCAGACGUUUGCCGAUUUGCCAGAUUUGCUGACGUUCUACAAGUUGCACUAUUUGGACACGACGCCGCUGCGGAGACCGGCGAUCCGGCGCUGCGAGAAGGUGAUAGGAAAGUUUGACUUUGAGGGCAGCGAUCCGGACGAUUUGCCCUUCAAGAAGGGUGAAAUACUGGAGAUUCUCAACAAGGACGAAGAGCAGUGGUGGACGGCGAGGAAUGGACGCGGCCAGGCGGGUCAGAUUCCGGUACCGUACGUGACCCGGUACGAGGACAACAUCCUGGACAGGCCACCAAAUGCGACGGGAGGAGGAGGAGGCGGCGGUGGCGGUGGAGGAGCCGGUCCAAAUGUCCACCAUCACGCGCCACCCUCCGGAAUGCACAACCACCAUCACCAGUCGGAGAAUUCGAACAUUUUCCGAUCGAACCUGAACCGACAGCUGCCGGCGCUGGCCCGGGUCAAGCAGGAGCGCGUUCCGAACGCGUACGACGAGACGGCGCUGAAGCUGAACGUGGGCGACGUCAUCAAGGUCAUCAAGACGAACAUCAACGGGCAGUGGGAGGGCGAACUGCGCGGCAAGGUAGGUCACUUUCCCUUUACCCACGUGGAGUUUAUCGACGACGAUGUCCACGGAUGGAGCGGACACUAGGCGCGGGAGGGCGUGUUAGGAUUCUUUUUUGUUUUCUUCUUUGUGUAGUUUUUCUCUUUUCUUUUCACAUUGAGUGAGGAAUUUAUUUAAUUGUACAGAUUAUUUUAUAUGCGUAUCGUGUAGGAUGUAUGUUUCAAGUCAUUUAUAUUUUAUGUUUAAUGUUUAGUAAGUGAGAACAAUAGGCAGCCGAUGUAAACGCGGGGGCAGGUGUAUAGAAAGAGUUAAGAUAUAUAUAAAAAAAACAGAAACCAUUCUAAACUGACAAGAUUGUGAAACACCCAAAUUAUUAUAUUAUAAUAAUGGAUAAAACUACAAAAUAUAUAUAUUUAUCAGUCGCGCCAAACACACAAGGUUAAACUGCCGCCAAAAACAACGAUUCCAUCAAAUGAAGGUAUAAAUUUACUCGGCAUCCGGACGGACAGUGGUAGCGUUAACAAGACAGACAAGUCAUAAUUCGCGUGAAUAUUAGCUUAAAAGUGUCUUACCGAUCGGUUUGGGUUUAAUCCGGGAGUCGUCGGUUAGGGUUUUGUGGGCACAAAUCAAUAAAACAACUUUUUUUUGUAUGAAAUUCAGUUUCGUGGAAUUGAUCAAAGUAAGCCAAUUUAAAUUAUAGUCAUAUUGUGGAGUCUAUCCGGGCAGACGGUAAUAACAAAAUUCAUGCCAUUUCAAUAACAACCAUCCACAAACCACGUGGACACCUUAGUUGGCGAUUGUCCACGCUCCAUACAAACAAGAUUUUAUUUGUAUGGAAAUUGUCCACGAUGGGGGCGGGGAUUUCAAAAAAAAAAAAAAAGAGUUGAAUAACAGUUUAUGUUAUCAUAACUAAAUUUGUUAUUGGUCUGAUAAUGGUUGACAACAAAAACAACUUGGGAAUUACAUUAUUUGUUAUGGAAGAAUGUCUCCAAAUAUUAUUGGGAUGGUCGGAUAAGUUGUUAAAAUAACAAAAAAUAAUAACAAAGAUUUGUUCGAAGAAUAACAUAAAAUGUUAUUAGUUUGUUAUUACAAUAACAAUCCAAUAACAAAAAAAUCUUUACGGCGAAUAACAAAACUUGUGAUUAAUAACAUAAAAUGUUAUUGGCCUAGUAUUUUCAAAUAUCAAAAAAAUUUAUUCCAAAUUUAUUUCCGUCUGCUCGGGUACCAAUCAAAACUCGAAAGAGUUUUAAUGAGCACACAGUGGGGGAUUUGACCGGCAGUUAAGUUAUGGGAAAGUAACGUUUGUCUACUAUCGACAAAUUACGACUGAUGAUGUAAAUCUCGGUAUGUGUUCGAAGCUUGUUUACAAAAAUUCAAAUGUUCAAACAUGUCAAUAAUUUAAAAUUCAAAAGUAUACAAAUUCAAAUGUUUCAAAUUUAAAAAUUUGGGAAUUCAAACGAUCAAUUCUAAAAAUUUUUUUUUAGAAAAAUCUAUUUUUUUCAAUCUAAAACUUCUAAAUUUAAAUCUGAAAAAAAUCUUAAUUCAAAAAAUAUAGAGAGUUACUAAAAGUAUGUCUGUAAUUGACGGUUGUACUAUUAAUGAAGUGCAGAUACGGUUACAGCUCAUGGCUUGCUUCGAUCUUCUACUUCAACACUCCCCCUGAAGAUGCUGUCCAUUGAACUCCGGUUCUCUGCCAGCUUCGUCCUCUGCAACGGCUUCGUGGGACCUUCGGAAAUCUGGUUGUCCGUGCUCACGUACUCCAACUUCACCACACCUUGUUCCAGGAUCUAGUGGUGCCGGAUGUCGAUCGGUUUAGUGAAUCCGAACUGGCCGCUGAGUUGCUUUUUAAGCGUGUUCGUCUUCGAGAUGUUGCUGAAGAUCAUCAGGUCGUCGACGUAACUGGCCACGAUCAGGAUGUUGCCAUCGUUCUUGCUUAGGUAGACGCACGGAUCGUACUUCGUCGGGGCUAGUCUGAACUUCUUCAAAGCUGCGUCCAGCUUCUGGUGUUAGACUGUACUCGACUGCUUGAGCUCAUACAGCGGCUUUUUUAGUUUGGAUGCUGCUCCAUGUAGAUUUCCUCGCCGAGGUUCUCUUGGAGGAAGGCAGCUGGGGCGUCCAUUUGAUCCACAGCCAGGUCGUGUUUCGCGGCCAGGGCAAACAGUUACCGCAGCGAACUAUCGAACGACCGGGGAGUAAGUUUUUUGAAUACCCACUUGAACUUGAUGGCUUCCCGUCCCCUCGGCAUCUCGGCGAGCGUCCACGUGUUGUUGUCGACCCUGGAACUCCUCUUGCAUGGCUCGUUUCCAGCAGUCACGGCCGUCGUAACAAAGUGCUGUCACAAUCCCUGCGAAUUAUGGCAACUUUUCCGGAUCUCUUCCGGAAAAGAUCCGGCAGCUGUUUUGUAAGGUUUGACGUUUUCGGUGGGACAAAUGAAAACAAAUCACUUUGCGCGUCAGCCUACAAAAAAACUGCAAAUGCUUACUUUGAUCGAUUCAACUUGAUGCUGCAUUCUUUAGAUGAGCUACCAUGCGUCUCCAUCGAAAUGUUUGCUACCAACUGUUUCAAUGGAGACGCGUGGUGAUUCGACAUUUGUAAUGCAUUUUAGUUUCUUGUAAUCUUUUAAGAAAGGGUUUCCAAAUUCCACAGCCAAAACAAACAAAUAAGUAAACUAACCGAAACAAAAACAAAUCGAAGCAAUGGGUCCAUGUAGGUGAAUGUAAAAUCUUCGCAAACCCGCUAGACAUUUCGCAGCUUUUCUCCCAAAAUACGGCGAUAUCUCACAACCCUUCAGUUACGCGACUAUUUUUGGAGUUUUUUUUAAACCUACAUCGUAACGAUUGUAGAAACAGCGACAGACAACAACAGAGUAAAUAAUAUUUAAAUAAUCCAGGGAACUUCUGCAAGUGUGUGUAUAAAUGAAAGGUACAGGAUAUAUAUUUUUUAACUCAGAUUUUUUGCCCCUCACGUUUGACGAACGUGUGUUUUCCCCAAACUUAGGUGAAAGGUCCUAAAAACAAAGAUGGAAGUAUAUUUUUGUUUCAUGCGUUCAAAUCAAUUAUAUAUUUUUGUGUACAUUUUCCAAACUGAUGUUAGUUAGAGUUUUGUAACAACUUGUAACACUCUUAUAACCGUAAUAAAAUGAGAAAAAAAAAAACACUCGAUAAAACCCCACGUUUGCCAAUGAAAAGAACUACUAAACAACUACUAACGUUGACGCAAAGAAAAGGUAACAAUUAUUAAUGUGCAAUAAACAGAAAAAAAAACUCAAAAUCAUGCGAAACCCACGACACAACCAAUAACUAAUAAAACUGCAAAUACAAACAAGCAAGAAGAAUAAAUGAAGUAGAGUGUAAGUUUUGUGCAAAGGCUGAUUCGAUCUGUAUGAUGAAAUUAACAAAAAAAAACUUUAAUUUAAACAAGCGCGUUAAAUUUAUCCUUCAAAACAAGCAAAAUAAGAAUUUCUGGAGGCGCCAGGCGAAAACCAUACGAAACAAACAAUCACAAACACACCAGAGAGAUUCAAAAUAGCGUUGUCGUUCACAUGUUGGAAACAAUUAAAACUAACAAAAAUCGAGAUAAUAUAAAAAAAUGCAGAAACAUACUCUGUCAAUAGUGUAGCGAAACGAACAUUCAGGAAAAUAAAAUCAGUAAUAAGAUGAAGAAGAAAAAAACGAUAUAUUUGUAGCUUGUAACCUUUUUUUAGUUUAUGCUCCACGUAUAAAAUUAUUGCUCGAUAUAUAGAAGCUUUAUUUGAGAAGAAAGUCCCAGAAUCGGAGUAAAGAGAGCAAGUAAUAUCAGAGCUGUUCGACACAGUGAACGCGGACAAUGUGGAAUAGAUUAGUCAGUAAUGUGAAGUAUAGCAAAGAAGAAAAAAUAGGGAGAGAGGUGAAAAUUUAUUCAAUCUUCGUGUUUGUAUAAAAAGAAAAUUCCAGUUUAUGAAAAAAGAAAAAAAAAAACAAUGAAAUCAUUCAAAAAUUAGGGAGCGUUUGCGACAAGCA